CUUUUACGCACGACAACAAAGUGUGUUGGAGAACAGAAUCAUGCAGGCUGUCAGUGAAGGAAGGUGUCUCAUUUAGAGCUGACCCGACCCCUCAACAUGAUCCUGCUGCUCAGUUUGUUUUGUUCUCUGUGGGUAGGACCGGUUCUGAAUCUGGAAGAAGAUGAAGGUUUUACUUUUGAUGGAGACCUCCAGAAAUUCGCCGUGAGCAACAACAACGUUUACGUCGCUACAGAACAGAAGCUUCACCAGCUGAGCCACGACCUGAAACUGAUCUACAGUUUGAACCAAAUGGGGGUCUUGAAGGACGCGGACCCAUCAGAUGAGAAGAAGUUUCACCGGGUCUCUGAGUCGGCUCCGUGGACCACAACUCUCAGAGUUACCUUGUUGUUGCCAUUUGCUGAGAAUAAGACUCUGGUCAGCUGCGGAGUGAUCGACAAGGAGUGUGGUUACUGUGAAAUUCUGGACCUGAAGAACAUCUCUAACCUUCUGCACAGUGAAAACAUCCUGGUGGGACCAAAGAGGCGCAACAACGCUUCUGUCGGUUUUCUGGUGGAUGUGAAGAAAGAUUCAACUCAGACAGACACUUAUAUUCUGACAGCGAUACAACAACACAGAGAAGAGUCAAGUAUCAAGUGCAGCUCAGAGUCAAAGACAAUCAACCUUCACUCUGUCGAUAACACACAGAGUGGAGGCUUAUUUUCUGUAACCGAUGACCGCAGCACAGCUGUAAUCAGAAGUGAAGGUGAUGUGGAAUUUGUGGACGGAUUUCAGAUCAAUUCAACGGUGUAUCUGCUCUCCAACGUGCGUCCAAGCGAUGAAAAUCUCAUGUCUCAAACCAAAGUCCGUCUUAUUUGGCUUGAGAGUGAAAAAAGUAAAACCCAGACUCUCAAAUCUCUGCAAGGCGCGACCCUCAGUAUCUCUGAUAGAGGUGGAAGCUGCAGACUCUUGGCCUCCUCCAUCAUCCCGGGUGGACAGCAGGUGCUUUGGAGCGGCGUGUUCAGUGUGGACGGAGAAGAAAGCAACACAGAGCUGGUGGUGUUUGACAUCAGCCCUGAUCGCAGCAGUGCGCAGCAGAGCGGUGCGUCUUAUACAGAUCCAAACUUCUACAUAACAGUGAAAAAACCUGUAACCACGUCAGAACCAAAGAUCCUGAAACCAAAUGCGGUGCUCUUCAAGCAGAACCACAUGACAUCUGUGCUGGCAGUGAGACAGAGGAGCUGGAUGAUCUUCUUCAUUGGAACAGGAGACGGGCAGCUCAUCAAGCUUGUUGUGGACAGAAACUAUCGCCCUGCCUGUCCCAGGGUGCUCUACAGAGCCAACAAUGAUCGCCAAGUGUUUCCCAACAUCCUUCUGGACCCAGUGGAUUAUAAAUAUGUGUAUGUGCCAUUUAGAAACCAGAUCAGGCGUGAACCUGUGGCAAACUGUGGCUCAUACAGAGAUGUGCAGGAGUGUUGGUCUGCACAGGAUCCAUACUGUGUCUGGUGUGGCUCUAAGAAAAGCUGCACGUUUGAAAGUGACUGCAAAGAUUCAGACUGGUUGUCCAUCCCUGAUGAAUUACACCAGAAAAUUGUUUCCCACAAAGUUGAAAUGGACCCCACUGGACAGAUCAAACUUGUCGUCCAGACACACCUGGCUGGGAGCCCAGAUGCACUGUCAAUCUUUGCCUGUCAGUUCUCUUCACCCUCCAGGACUCUAGACCAGAUAUCCUCUCCUCCAAAGUUCCCACAAUGCACAAACAUCCUUCCUAAUGAGCCUCUUCCUGCAGACGGUCUGGCUGUCACAGUAAAGAUAAGACUUGGAACGACGACACUGACAGAAAAACUGAAUGUAAUCAACUGCUCUGAUAUUCGUGGACCACCGAGUCCUGUUAUGUGUCAGAAGUGUAUCAAGGCUGGAUGUGGAUGGAGCAACAAUGCCUGCUCCUGGGCCAACGAAGGCGUGCAGAAUGACAGUUUUUGCCAAAAGAUGGAGGCUGGGAUGAACUUUUCUAGGCCAGAAAUCUCCUCCAUCGAACCCAGUGCUGUGUCUUUCUACGGCAGAAACCAUGCUUUGCUGUCAGGUCGUAACCUCCGUAGUGUGACUGGAGUGAGGAUCCAGGCGGACAUGGACUGCUCUCCACGGGAAUCUCCUGUUUGGAACAACACUGGUGUGACUCUGACGUUCCACAUUCCCAGUACAGAUACUAAAGGCUUGGUCAAAGUGUGUCUUCUUCUCCCAGAUGGUAGCUGCCACAGUAAUGCUAUGAUCACCUACAAGUCUUCACCAGUCUGCACCAGCGUUACACCGAGCAGCUCAUGGAGGAGUGGGAAGAGGAAGAUGACACUCAGUGGGGCCCACCUGGAGUUUGUGGAGGGGGUCAUACACAGCCACAACCCUCAGAAAGUUGUUAUUCCCAGAAACAGCAGCUAUCAGUAUCUCAUCUAUGAAACACCUGCAGCUGAAAGCACUGUUUCCCACAGUACUGUGUCUGUGAAAGUAGCCAAUCAAACACUGGCUUGCUCCAGUAUUACUUACUAUCCAGACCCAGUGUUUACCAGCUUCACAUCCGUGAGCACAGGGGACCAUGUCCGUGUCACUAUACAGAAAGAGCCAGAUAAUCUGGAGAUAACAGCAGCAGAGCUCUCAGUUUGGGGUGUUCAUGAAGAAACGCAGCAUCCCUGUGUCGGCAUAGUCAAAGCCAGUAACAACACUUUCACUUGCGAGAUCAAACAGGGAGGUAACACCAAAUUUCAGCAGCUGCAGAUAAAAGUUGGAGAUGGAGCCAUAACACUUAAGAGCUCUUCAUUUUUGGUAUUGCUUACAUUAGUGGUAAUACUUGUUAUCAUCAUUGUGGCGGUGAUUGUCUGCCAUCUACGUCUACGAAGCCAGAAACAUGAGCAGGCUUAUGGAAGACCUGGAGCUCAACAUCAGGAAUGACAUCAAACAAGCAGUUGCCCACCAGUCUCAACUUUCCCCAUAUCAAGAGUCCGGAGGAAAAUUGGUCAGCAUGACCUCACACAAGCCUGCAUGAUAACCCAACAGGAGAAUAAUGACUUCAAUGUUCUAUAUAAGGAAAUUACACAUUAUGAAAUGUAAAUGAAUAAAUUUAUUAUAUGAAUUGUAUUAUAUGAAUAAAAGAAUGGUUACACGUGUAAUUAUUAUGAGUAAAUAUGAUUGAUUACCAUAUGCAUUAAAAUUACUUCCACAGGUAUCUCUAAAAGUAAAUUAAAAAUAAAAGCUGUUGCAAAUUCAAAUAUUCUCUACAGAAAAUGUAUUUUAUCUACAAUAAAAAGUAACAUUGCAGUAAUAUUAUUCUUACUGCACACUUACUUCUUCCUCCUUCAUUUGUUUUCUUUUUUUCAUCUGUGUCUUCAUAGCUUUCAUCGAACAUUCAUGAUGGCUCAUAAGAGUUUGUUCCUUUCUUUGCUUUGUUUCUUUUAGCCAGUUCUUAUAAUUGUACAUCUAUUUAUAACAUAAUAAUGUCUCUUGUGCUCACUGUCACUCUUGUUUUCUGCUGCAUGAUACUAAAGUGUAAUCUGUAUGUGAUCUGACCCUGUUCAGUUACUUUACUAUCUUCAAAUGGUUUCGACCCACAGGAACAGUUUGUUUUUGUGGUAGGAAAUUUUCUGAACUGGUUUCGUUUGUCAGAUGUUAAACUCCCCACCUACAUUUCCUCGGUGCCCGCUUUCAUGCAUGAUACUUAGCAUUGUUCACUUGAUUGCAGCAUCAUUGCACACAUAAUCUUUUUCAUCUGGAAACAUUAAGCUGUUUCUUUAUCAGAAAUGUGUGGGUUUUGUGCAGCUUAUCAGAACACCUCUUAGUAAAUCUAGACAGUGACUGAUUGUACAGCAAAACAGGGUGUACUGUACACCUCUAGAACCAUCAUCUGGUCAGAAUAUAUUAUCUAUAUAUAUAUAUAUAUAUAUAUAUAUGUGUGUAUGUGUAUAUUUCUGUGAAACUGGUUCAGAUCAAGUCAGCUCUCCCACGACCCUAAACAGGCUGAAUAUAUUCUCAUAAAAAAUUUUGUUGGUGGUUUAAAAAAACAAACAAAAAAACAAACAACAACAACAACAAAAAAACAAACAAAAAAUAC